UAAACUAUUUGAUUCACCAUGAUGGUGAAGGCCAGUUACCAGCAGCCGAUGUGCAUCGACAUCCAGCUCGCGCUUGCAUGUGACGACCUUGGGUCCUUGGCAGCUAAGUCACCGACGGAACGUGCCCAGAACUUGCAGAGGGGCUGGCACUUGUAAGCUGUUAUAACCCGAUCAAAGUCCACUCGGAGCGCGAGGCACUCCUGCACCACACCGGCGGCACCGACGAGAGAUGAGGGAUGCCGCGCCGCCACCCCGACCCGAAACAGGGGCGCUGCGGCAUGCAUGUGGUGCCGCGCCACGUUAGGUGCACCGCCAGGUGAAGAACGGUCGCGCCUGCAUCCCCGUCCCCUCUUCAAACUAUAAGACUCCCGUCCCGAGCGAGACGGCCGAUCGCACAAAGCCCACCAACCUAGCUAAUUCACCCGCUACCGCCUACCGCUACGCAGCAGGCAGCAGCAGCGCAGCGUAGCGGGCGGCGCCGGCGAUAACAUCGACUGAGCAAGCAGGACGUGCUGCGCGUAUCCGAUUCCGAUCCAUGGGCAACUGCGCCGUGGCGCAGCACGCGGUGACCUCGUGGGCGGACGACGGCGAGUGGGACGUGCCGUCGGCGGCGGAGGACGAGGCCGGAGGAGCGGCGGGGACCAGCGGGUGGGAGUGGGACAAGGACCGCGCGGCGGCGGAGGUGACGAUCAGGAUCCCCAGGAGGCAGCUGCAGGAGCUGAUGGAGAAGAGGGCGCCCGCCGCCGGUGGGCUCCUCCGCGGCCUCGCGAGCCGCGGGGCCGCCGCGCAGGCGCAGCUGCUGCUGGCGGACGUCAUGAACGCCGGGCACGUCUACCUCCACCGCUGCAGGGCGGCGCACUGGAAGCCCGCGCUGCAGAGCAUCCCGGAGGCUGCUGUGGAGUCAUGAUCACGCGACGCACGGUGCUGCUGCCAUGCCGGUUUUUUUUUUUUUUUUUUGCCUGCCUGGUUCCUCUCUUUGCUCCUUCGCAGUUUCAGGCUUGCAUUCCCAUCGGGACACUCACCGUGUCAUUCUUUUUAGUUUGGAUGCAUUACGCAACGAACGGUGUACAAAAACAAAAGUAGGGUUAGGAAGGACGCGUACACACUCUGUCCAGAUAUACCAGAGCUUCGAAAGUGCGAAUUUCUUGAGCACUUUACCCAUGUUUUUACGUACCAGAGCGUUCCUAAUAAUGGUCAGAGCUAUAAUAUCGGUAAUAAUGUCCCAUUUGAACA